AUGUUCGUCAAGGCUCUCGUCGGCGUUCUAGCCGCUACGCAGCAGGCCUGCGCCGCGUCCAAUGUUCCUCUCAUCUCUGCCAACAGCUGGGGUAACGGCCGCAUUGACGUCUUCGGUGUGGCAGCGAACGGCUCCAUUCUGCACAAGUACCAUGGUCCAGAUGGAUUCGAGCCCCUCAAUCCUCCCUUCGAGAACUUCCUCGGCAAGGUCAUCAGCACGCCUACAUCAGUGAGCUGGAGGGAGAACCGCCUGGACUACUUCGUCGUUGGCACCAACGGCUCGCUUUAUAACCGGUUCUGGAAUGCCGAUGACUCGAGUUGGCAACCAUGGCCCUACCACGAGGUUCUCAAGGGAUCGAAUGAGGGCAAGGACUUCGUCAGCGUCAGUGCGGCUUCUUGGGGCUCGGGGAGACUGGACAUCGUAGGCAUGACAAAGAAUGGGUCGUACCUUCACAUGUACUACGAUGGAAGCAAUUUCCAGGGCUGGGAGACCUUUGGCGGCAACUUCAGCUCUGCGCCGUAUAUCAUUGCUCCCUGGAAGGGUCAACAACGCUUUGAUGUGUUUGGGUUAAGCAGCAACGGCACCCUCGUGCAUAACUAUUUCGACGGUAGCAACUACAAACCUGGAUACGCUCAGUGGGAAGCACUUCCCGGCCCUGUCAAGAUGACCAGUGCCCCUGUCGCCUCGAGCUGGGGCGCCUCGGAUCUAGACGCCUGGGCCGUAGGCGAGGACGGCCAGCUGUACCACACUUAUUGGCGAGGCUCUGACUACGACGGGUUCGAGUUUCUCGGCGGAAACUUCACGUCUACUCCCCGGGUGGUCCAUUGGGGUGCAAACCGUACGGACAUCAUCGGCCAGUUCGCGAACGAGACGCAGUACCGCUACAAGUACGGCUACUUCAAUACCAUCGAAGGCUUCUGGCAGUGGAGCGACUGGGCCCCGAAGGGCGGCGACUUCGCUUCGCAACCCGUCGUGGUGUCUUGGCAGGAGGGCAAUUUGCACAUCCUUGGUGUUGGAAAUGAUGGCGUGCUGUACUGGCAGAUGUACUGGCCUGGUCAGUGGCUGCCGUCUGCGACCGGGUACUAUCCGCUUGGCAAUAUGUCGAAUCCCUUCCCGUCCACUGAAAGUCGGGAUGACCAACAGGAGAAAGAUGUUGAGACGAGCAACGGCCAGAUCGUGAUGGGAUCGUCCUUCAAGCAAGGUCUCUGA